AUUUUAUAGGCGGAGUAAUCAUGUAUAGUUAUUCGGAAGAGAAAACUGGGGGUGGUGGCAUGAAGAGAAGAAGAGUCUCGCAUUGUGCUGUGUAUGGGGUAACGCAGACGAGGUUGAGUUCGAAGAAUAGUUCUUUGUUGGACAGAUUUAAGAGGAAUUUCAGGAAUGAGAGUGAGUAUGAUACAAGAGCAGGGUCUACAAGUACACAUCAAGUUUUAAGUCAGGCUACUAAAAAGCAGUUUGAGCCAGUUCUUGCAAAGAAAAUUGAAAAGUUAAAGUUUGGUAGAAGAUCACGGAAAGCAAGACAUAGACUAGAUACAAGAUUUAAUAUUAAAAAUACUAUUUCUGAAUCAAGUUACAUAAGCAACAAUCCAGAAGAAAUAGAACUAACUUACACAACACAAGCUAAAAAUCCCUCCAAAACCCCUUUUAUAAACAAAUCUAGAGGUAACCGAACAAGGACAACAUUGCUGCUUUCCCGUUCAAAUACCCAAAAUACAAGCUGGUUUGAUAUCUUCAGACAAAAAGACCAUAAAGUUCACAAAGUUAACAAAUCAGUCGCCGAUGUUAGAUACAAAGGCAAUGCUAACGACAUUGGACACCUUCUGAAGGAUCGAUUACACACAAGAAAGUUAGCACAGUUCGAGAUAAACCUGAGAGAUGAUAGCGAGGAGCCUGGUCAUGAAGAGUUACAAAAACUAGUUACUGGAUAUAGCAGAAUUAAGAAGAAUCGUGUGAAGCAUUUGCAGAAGUUCAAGGAUGUUAAAUUUCUUAAAAAUUCUUACGAUUAUGAUAGCUAUCUACCACCAGACAAACAGAGUAUCAUCAAGAAAAGUCCAAUUUUCAUCAAAGUGAAGGAAACUUUGAAAGAAUCGGGACGUUAUAAACCCAAGUUUUGAGAUACAAAUCUGAACAACUUUCGUCACCUGGUAACUGGAUUUCAAAACACAAAUACUUUGAAAUGGGAGACCACCCUCAGGGAAUAA